GGCGCUAUAGUCCGAGUAACCAGCACUUCGGAAGUGUCUGAAGUUGUUCACUUCUGCCGGAAAAACCGCAUCGACUUCGUGGUUGAGGCCGGCGGGCACUCUACGACCGGGGCUUCGUCAUCUCAUGGGGGUGUCGUCAUCAGUAUGGCCAGUAUGCACAAAGUCCUGACAGACCCUGCCUCCAAGACGGUAUGCGCUCAGGGUGGCGCUACCUGGGAUGCUGUCAACCAGUCAACUGCCCCGUAUGGGCUUGCCGUGGUAGGUGCCACAGCCAGUCACAUUGGUGUAGGCGGGUCGACCUUGGGAGGUGGCUAUGGCUGGCUGACUGGGCAACAUGGGCUUAUCAUUGACCAACUGCUGAGUGUGAAGAUGGUCGUAGCUGAUGGCAGCAUCGUCGAAGCGUCCGACGAGAACAAUCGGGAUCUUUUCUGGGCCGUCCGUGGAGCAGGACAAGCCUUUGGCAUUGCGACUGAGUUUGUGUUUCGCGCUCACAAGGUUCCUGCCAUCAUAUUUGGAGGCUCGAUGUACUUUGAUGUCGAGAAGUUGCCAAAGAUUGUCGAAUUUGCCAACCGGUUCGAUGAGCGACAGGAUCAAAAGAGCGGGUUCUGUUUUGGAUUCACGGUUCGGCGACCAGCAGGUCAGACCGAGAUUCUGGCGAUGCUCUUUUAUAACGGGACUCAAACCGAAGCUGAGGCAUUCUUUGCACCUAUCUUAUCACUGGAGUAUCUGGUCAACCGCACUGGGAUGGUGUCUUACGCCGAGUUGAAUUCGAUGGCCAAUGUUGACCCGGUACCAGAAGGCCGCAAAAGCAUCGGUGGCACGAAUAUCACGCCCCCACUCACCACAAGUCCGGUACAUGAGCUCUGGGAGCAGUUUGACGAGGUCAUGAGAACAUAUCCGCGCAUGGGAGACAGCGCAUUGGUCUUUGAACUGCUGCCAUACUCCAAGAUUGUCCAGGUUCCGAUUGAAGAAACCGCAUGUGCCAAUCGAGGCCCUUAUUACAAUGUUGGUUUGAUACUAUGCUGGCAUGAUUCUGAGCUUGAUGCGAAGAUGCACGCUCUCCAGCGGAAUAUGAUUGCAAAGAUCCAGGAGGGGCAACAAGGCACUACUGACGAUCAUGUUGUGGCAUAUGCAAAUUUUGCCGGCAAGUCUCUGCAUCUGUAUACCCUUAUGUUAGCCACGAUGAGUAACAGUAACAGGACACGACAUAGACAUCGAAAGUUUAUUUGCAGAGAACUUACCGCGACUCCAGGAGAUCAAAAGGAAGUAUGAUCCGCAGAAUGUGUUUCGUAAGUGGCAUGAUUUGGUUGCCCCAGCGCGGUGCGUGUAGCGGAGACA